AUGUCCCAAAAAGUCAGUGGUACAGGCGAGGCAGGGAGAGCUACUAUGCGUCAACCACCUGGCUGGGAACAUAUGGAUGAGGUCUCUCACUGCGGAGGAUUCGGAGCGGAAGAGACCGGGACCGUUCACGGCACGGGAGCCACACUGGACUUAAUCAUCCCCGCACGACACGAUAUCUCGUAG